UGCUUUUGUUCCCUUUACGUCUUUCUGUGCUUCUUCGUUUUGCUCCUCAAUUUCGAACUGUCUUGCUUUGAUUUAGGCUUCUGGGUCUUCAAUUUCUCCCUCAUGGCCACUGGCUCUUGAGAUUUCUUUGUGGGGAUUUUUGCUUUUCGGAAUUGGGUUGCGUUGUGUCAAGCCCUUUUGACGCAGCUCCUUGUGAGGUUAUCUCGUCCUGCCCACGCAUUUGAAGAGAUCGGGAAAUCUUCUUUCAGGGACAUAAUUCGAAUUUACGCUUUUGAAAUAUCAACUUUUUAUUUUGUUAUAAAAGCGAGCUAAGAAAGUUCGGUUAUGUCUGGAACUUGGUUCUCUGGAAAUUCGCUCUGAGCAUGGUGUUUGGGCGGCAUAUUACUUGAUUUUGGAAGUGAGACUUUAAUACGUUCGUCUGGGAAGCACUGGGGCGCAGAAGAUGGACAGAGUUCUUCAACCUCCUCUGGUUGAUACAACAGCAUGUUUAUGCAGGGUAGAUACGGGCUUAAAAACUGUUGCUGGAGCAAAGAAGUAUGUCCCUGGAACGAAGCUCUGCCUUCAGCCUGACAUUAAACCAUCCAUUCACCCAACUAGAAGCAAGCCAUCACGUGGUGACAGAAGCCGUAAUCAAUCCCCUUUACUUCCUGGACUCCCUGAUGAUCUUGCCAUUGCUUGCCUAAUUCGGGUUCCAAGGGUGGAACACCGCAAACUCCGAUUAGUCUGCCGAAGAUGGUACCGUCUCCUGGCUGGUAACUUCUUUUACUCACUCCGAAAGAGUCUUGGAAUUGCAGAAGAAUGGAUAUAUGUCAUUAAGAGAGAUCGAGAUGGCAAAAUCUCAUGGCAUGCUUUUGAUCCUGUAUACCAACUAUGGCAACCCCUCCCUCCCAUUCCCAAGGAAUAUUCUGAAGCUCUUGGUUUUGGUUGUGCUGUUCUCAGUGGCUGUCACUUAUACUUGUUUGGUGGCAAGGAUCCACACAAGGGAUCCAUGAGACGUGUCAUCUUUUAUAGUGCUAGGACCAAUAAAUGGCACCGUGCUCCAGAUAUGCUUCGCAGGCGACACUUUUUUGGCUCAUGUGUCAUAAAUAAUUGUUUGUAUGUGGCUGGUGGGGAGAAUGAAGGAGUACACCGGUCAUUGCGAUCAGCCGAAGUUUAUGACCCCAACAAGAAUCGGUGGUCUUUUAUCUCAGAUAUGAGUACCGCGAUGGUUCCUUUCAUAGGAGUUGUGUAUGAGGGGAAGUGGUACCUGAAGGGACUUGGUUCUCAUCGGCAGGUUCUGAGUGAGGUCUACCAGCCAGAGUCUGAUAGCUGGUGCCCUGUUUUUGACGGAAUGGUCACUGGCUGGAGGAACCCAAGUACUGCCCUUAACGGACAGCUCUAUGCUUUAGACUGCAAGGAUGGCUGCAAACUUAGGGUUUAUGAUGAGGUGUCUGAUUCAUGGAGCAAGCAUAUUGACAGUAAAAUACAUUUGGGGAACUCACGGGCUAUGGAGGCAGCUGCUCUUGUCCCCCUCAACGGCAAGCUUUGUAUCAUCAGGAACAAUAUGAGCAUUUCUCUGGUUGAUGUUUCCAAAUUUGAAGAUUUGAGAGGAUCAUCAGCUGAACACUUGUGGGAAACUAUUGCAGGAAAGGGACAGUUCAAGUCUUUUGUAACAAAUCUCUUGUCUAGUCUUGCUGGCCGAAACCGACUCAAAAGUCACAUAGUGCACUGUCAGGUUCUUCAAGCUUAGGGUUUGUAUAGUGUCGAAGAAUCAACAGUGAAUGUCAACUAUGACUUGCUUCACACCCUAGGGAUCAUGCUCAUUGUGAGAGAUGAUACAUAGCUUAUGAGACUCAAAUCUCUUCCAGUGAUUUGGGAAAUGAAGAUAAGAGUGAGACCGGCUGAUCAGGAGGUUAUGUUCCUACGGCUCUCUUGCUUCGCUUUUAUCCCUAGUAUCAUUGGAGGGGAUCUACUCACAUAGAUCAUUUGUCUUAGUAAUUUGAAGUACUUCACUAGAGAUUAGAAGAGAAUGGUGGGUCCCACCUCUGCGUACGUGGACUCACAGACAGAAGCGGAACCCACUACUUUCUUUCUAUCUUUCUCUAUUACUACAUCUUAUAAAAGUACUUCAGAGGAUUCAAAUUUGUCUUAGUAAUCACAGUGCUACAGAUAUUGAUAGGUAGUUACAAUUUACAUGUUAAGAAUUGAGUUGUCAUAUGUUGUGAUGAUGUGAGGAACAUCUUUCAUGAGUAAUUAGAGCAGAUCAACACUUACCCAACUUUUACAUUUACAAGUGUGCACAACUAUUCAUGUGGCUCCUUCUGUGUUUAAAGAUCAAGCCCUUCACUUCUGGGUUUGUUGAGAACUAGUAUAUUCAAAAUGCCUAUAUAGUUGUGCGCAGUUGUAAACGUUUAUGAGUUUUGUAGGUACUAUUAUUGCUCGAGGAAGAAAAGAUUGAUCAUGUGUAACCCAUGGUUUACCAUUUGGAAAGUUUUAAGCUUUGUAUAGUUCUGCACUUUCAAGAAUGAAUGGCAUGAAUAUGAUGUUGAUUAGAGAUAUAUUAUAUCAAAA